CAAUCAUCCACCACCACCACCACCUCCUCCUCCUCCUCCUCCUCAUCCUCGUUCCUCCCCGCCACAAGCGGGACUGCCGGAACCUCUCAUGAUCGACACAUUCACCAUCGCCAACACCCACCCUCACAGUUCUCCCACUCACACCACCACCACCACCACAACCCUUCCUCUUCCUCCUCCACUCACCACUCGCGCCACUCGAAUGCCCACGCUUCCUCUUCAGCAGCAGGCCCAAGCAUGAGGAGGGCCAGUGCGGCAAGUGCCGCAGCAAGCGGCCCCGACGACAGCAGCACGGGGCACGUCUCAAGGCUCUCCAACCAAUCCGUCUCCGGAUACCGGCGAUCGCGCCGCACGAGCAGCACAGCGCCCAACACUCCUCCCUCACCAUCCCGCUCCUCGGGCCACCACCACAGGCAGAGCAGCAUGGUCGUCGCUCUCGUUGACUUUGACGGCAGCAUGAUGGGCGGCGCACAAGCUAGCACAAGCUCAGACGCCCUCGUAUACCUCUCCUUUCGCGGCGGGCAAUACAUUCGUGUCAUUACACGCGAUCCUAGCGGGUGGUGGGACGGCGAGUGCGACAGCCGCAGAGGCUGGUUUCCGAGCAACUAUGUCAAGCCGUUCGACUGGGGCCAGUCAUCGCGACGUGAGUCUCGCGGCGAGCCCCCAUCCAGCCCCAGGGGCGUGGGACACGACACAACGCGCAACGUCGCCAGCUCGUUCACCGAGGCCAGGUCGCGUCACGCUUCAAUGCUGUCGUCGGCAUCCUACGCCUCUUACCAGUCACAUACAUCCCAACAGUCGUAUUCAACUGUCAACCAUACGACGUCACCGCUGUCCGACGAGUACAAUGCGCUCUUGCAACCAGCAAUUGCUGCUCUUACCGCGUACCAGCGCGACAUUCGCGACCAGCCAAACCAGAGCUCUGUCGCCCACUACGCUCAAGCCGUUCUGGCUAGCAUCCGCACUAUUCUGUCACGGACAGGUUGUGUCAAGAAGCACUCGGACUUGCUCCGCAACUCUGCCUUGAGCAGGGCCCGAUCAGCGACCCUAAACGGCCUUACGCCGUUCGUGAACAGUGCUAAGCGGCUACAGGUUUCCCAACAGCCGUACCCAGAGGAGCUUGUCGAAGCGACGCUUGCCGAAGUGACGUCGCUGUUUCGUUCCAUUCGUCGUUUCGUCGCCGUGGCGAGCGAACUAGGCGUACCAGUCGGUGAUGAGGAGGAUAGCUGCUCCGAGGCGGGGUUGCAUACAGCAUUCACGUCGUCGCGAAGAAUGCGUGUCACAGUUAAUGGGCACUCGGGCGACCGCGGGUCUACAUUUAGACUCAAGUCGGCGAGCACGAACGACUUGCGUUACGCCGCCCGGCGACAGGGUACUAACAGUCCACCACCCCCAAUGCCUGUGAGCACGUCCUCGCGGCCGAGCCCCGCAUUCUCGACGGCCAUGAUGUCGCCGGCCUCGUCUGGCCAGUCGUCACCUGGGCUCGGCGGAUUCGGCGGUUCGCUGCGAGGCCGACCACGGACCUCGUCGGCUGCCCGGAUCGCACGUUCGACAUCAUUCGAGCUCUUGCUAUCAGGGGGCAGCUCACCUGACUUUGUCACACCAGAUCUGUCGCAGAGCACCUCGGCCGUGCCAACCAGACGGGAGGAAGAAGCUGAGCAUGCAGUGUACGCAUACACUAGCGGGCAAGAGGUUCACGAGGCUGUUGCGGCGGCCGAGGACGGCUUGCUAUCCGUAAUUGCCAGCUUUAUCGGCCACAUCCACUCACACCAUAUCGACUCGCAUCCGUCGAGUCACGCGUACCUUAUUGAACUCACGCGCGAGACGGUUGACACCGUGCGCGAGCUCCUUUCCAUCAUUGAGGGAGUCGGGCGCGGAGCUGGCCCGCUUGGCAUCCGCCAGCGCGAAAUUGAAGGACUCAAGGUCGCGCGGGAUGAGCUGUUCGACGCGGCGAGCAACCUUGUGGAAAGCGCAGAGAAGGUUGCCAACGCACCAUUCACCGAGGCCAGCAGUGACCAGUACGACGACGAGAAGAGCCAUCUCUUGCAACACACCACGUUGACUCUGCGCGCAGGAUCCGAGUGCGCCCGCGUUGUGCGUAGAACCGUCCCGGAUUCAGAGGACCACUCCGACACCACUACCACGGCAGGAUACUCGUCGUCAACACGGGGCGGCUAUCAGGGCAUCGGCCUGGGCAUCCGCGGCGGCCCGCAGUCCAUACAAGGCCUGCAGCGGCGCGCGACGAGUCUCACGCACCUCCACAAGCGUUUCAACGGUGACGGCGCGCGCGUCACGACCGAAGGCUCUGUGCGGAGAUUCGAGGAUGAAGACGACGAGGAAAUCGUAGCAGACUUGGGCACGGACGACGAGUACCUCGUCAGCACCAGCAAAUUACCGCCACGCCACAGCUCGCGCCCGAUUUCGCACCCUGCGGGUAAUGAGCUGGACUGCGCGACCGAGGCCUCGAGGUCGCGCUCGACCAGCAUGUCGUCGCCGUCCAAGCGCCGCACCGCUUUCGCGAACGAGAUUGACUUGACGGACGACCUGCCGGAGUCAUCGACAGUGUCGCGCCCUCCGACACUGACGUCGUUCUCAUCGCAGUCGCACACGUCCAUCUCGCAGCUCUCCACGACCUCGCCGUUCCCACACUCGACAAGCUCGGGCGAGCUGCAGGGCGCAGCCUUCCUCCCAGACCAGCCGAUCAAUGGCGACUUGCCCAUCGUCGACCCGUCCAUCGAGGGUCUCAAGCACGCGGCGAAGAACUUUACGCCUCCGGCAGGGCCUGCACCGGCUCGUCCGCCCCCACCGCCCGAGUCACCUGCACUCUCGCUUGACGGCAAGAACGAGGACGGCGACCUGCGGUUCUGGGUCGUGUCGCACGACUAUGACCCGCGCGAGGUCGCAUUCAAUCCAGACGGCGUUCUCGUUGGCGGCACCCUGCGCGUGCUCAUCGAGAAGCUUACGCCCGUCGAUGGACUCCCAGACCGCAAUUUCGCCGAGUCGUUCUGGCUUACGUUCCGGCUGUUCUCCACUCCCGCCGACGUGCUCGAGACGUUUAUCCAGCGCUUCAACAUUGCGGCGCCACCUGUUGUCGCCGGCCUUGGUGAGGAGGCCCAGGCUAAGUGGGCCGAGAACAAGCAAAAGCCCGUGCGCUACCGUGUGAUUAUUUGCCUCAAGACAUGGCUUGACCACCACUGGCGCCCCGCCACCGAUGACGCUGUUCUCGAUCACUUCGAUGCCUUCCUCAACUCGGAGGUAAUGCAGGCGGUUCCACUCGCGUCGCGGGCGCAAGACUCGUUGCGAAAGCGCAUGGCCGCCCUCAACGACAAGGACGGGGAGGCCGGUGACUCGAAGAGCUCGCUUGGACACACGAGCGGCAAGUCGAUUGAUCGCAGCCGCGCUUCGACCACCAUUGUUCUCUCGCCCAACCCCGCUGCGACGGUCAAGACGCCGAUCAUCAGCAAGACCCUUAUGGCGCAGCUGAGCAAGACUCCUCAGCCCAACAUCAACAUCACAGACUUUGACGCGACUGAGCUGGCACGCCAGCUCACGAUCAUGGAGAGCAAGCUCUUUGCGGCCGUCGCGCCCGAGGACCUGCUCCAGACUGGCAAAAAGAGCGUUCCCGAGCUGAAGGCUCUCAGCACGCUCAGCAACCAGAUCACUGGCUGGGUGACGGAUGUCAUCCUGCACGAGCUUGAUACAAAGCACCGCGGUGCACUCCUCAAGUUCUUUAUCAAGCUGGCAGACAAAUGUCUCGUGUUGAACAACUUUUCGACCUUGUUCGCUGUUCUCGCGGGCCUGAACAGCAGCACGAUCGGACGUUUGAAGAACACGUGGGCGGUGCUGAACCCCAAGUACCGCCUUCUGAUGGACCGCCUGCGCGGGGUUAUCGAGCACACGAAGAACCACGCCGCAUACCGUGCGCGGUUGCGGGAGGUGACGGAACCGUGCUUGCCAUUCCUCGGCUUGAUCCUGUCCGACAUUACGUUUACGCAAGACGGCAACCCGAACACGAGGCCGAGCACGAUCUCGCCCGACAUCCAGCUCAUCAACCAGGACAAGUUUGUCAAGCUGGGUCGCAUCGCGGCCGACUUUAAGCGGUACCAGACGCCGUUUGACUUGAAGGAGCUUGAUGUGGUGCAGCGGUACCUGACGCGGGUGCUGGCUGAGCGCGGUAGCGGCUCGCUGGAUGCGCUGUACAGAAAGAGUCUGCUGCUUGAGCCGCGGCAGGGCUCGGAGCGGUUGAGCAGUGCUGUGGAGAAGCCUGGGUGGCUCGGCGCGCGGUUGCAGGGGUAGGCGAUGGGCAUGGCGGGGUUGGCGGGGGAGAUGGGUGAGAAGGGAGAGGUGCAGGAGAUGCGAGGUGUC